GAAACCUGUACACGGAAGUCACUCAUGAUUUUACAUGCUCAAGAUUUCUUUUACCUUCUGUAGACUUUCACGGUGUAAUUUACUAUUGCAUUGUGGCAGUAAAUCCAACCUUUAUUGCACUAAACGAUGGGGAAGUCGGUGCUGAAACCCCGAUAAGAAAAGGUGGAGUUAAGGAGCAGACGGGUCAUAUCCAGUCCGGGUCCAUGGACCCCAAACCGGGACUUGAAGUGCUGCUGUUUUGACAGCUGGGUUGAGCCUCCAGUACCUGGUCCGUCUGUCCGACAGAGAGCAGCUGGGAGCCGAAGUUUGAACCCUAAAGUCGGGUUCAUUCUGCGGAGAGAGAAGACAUCUACGUCCAUUAAAGAGGAGAACCAGCUUAAUAAUCUCCUCACACCGACCAGGGGUCAUGGCCUCUACCCGGCUGAAGUACCUCUCCCUGGGCGUGCUGGUGUUCCAGACCACCUCCCUGGUGCUCACCAUGCGGUACUCCCGCACCCUGCAGGCCGAGGGCCCGCGGUACCUGGCCUCCUCGGCUGUGGUGGUGGCCGAGGUGAUGAAGAUCCUCACCUGUGUGCUGCUGGUCUUCAAGGAGCACAAUUACAGCAUGCGAGCUCUGAACAGCAUUCUGCGUCAGGAAAUCGUAAACAAGCCCAUAGAAACUCUGAAGCUGGCGAUUCCCUCGGGGAUCUACACGCUGCAGAACAACCUGCUGUACGUCGCCUUGUCCAACCUGGACGCAGCCACCUACCAGGUCACAUACCAGCUGAAGAUCUUGACCACGGCUCUGUUCUCGGUGUCCAUGCUGGGCCGCCGGCUCGGCGUCUACCAGUGGCUCUCAUUGCUGAUUCUUAUGGCUGGAGUGGCUCUCGUGCAGUGGCCCUCUGAAUCUGCAGCGGCCCCGGAGAAGGAUGCCGUCUCUACGGGCUCCCAGUUCGUCGGUGUGACAGCGGUUCUGGUGGCGUGCUGCUCCAGUGGGUUCGCUGGUGUCUACUUUGAGAAGAUCCUAAAGGAGAGCAAACAGAGCGUCUGGGUCCGCAACAUCCAGCUAGGGUUGUUCGGCCUGGUGUUCGGCCUCUUUGGGAUGCUGGCCUACGACGGAGAGAGGGUGAAGGAAUCAGGAAUGUUCCAGGGAUACAACACCGUCACCUGGACUGUCGUAGCACUGCAGGCGCUGGGUGGUCUGGUCAUAGCAGCGGUCAUCAAGUAUGCAGACAACAUCCUCAAGGGCUUUGCUACAUCGCUCUCCAUCAUCCUGUCAACUCUUAUAUCGUACUUCUGGCUGCAGGACUUCGACCCCACCGGCGUGUUCUUCGCGGGGGCCCUUUUGGUCAUCGCAGCCACUUUCCUCUACGGCUACGAAGGCAGGCCGUCCCCCAACCCCAGCAGGGCGUGAGGACACUCACGGCUGACACUACAGCAGCAGUAGGAGGUCCUGUUGAAGCGUCAAGACGUGGAGUUAAAAGGAGGACAGAGAGCUGGAGAAAAAAAGAAGGGGAAAGGUCUUUUAUCAUAUAUAAGAGGAGGUAGGCAGUUUGUAAACGGAGGACAGGAAGAGUGGAAAAAAGACGCUUAUAAACAAAAAGCAAGCAAAACGCUGUGAUGUAUCUCACACACCAAAAAGUGCCUCAGCUGAGACGGUUAACCAAUGAGAAGAGAAAACUGUGGCGAAACAGGAUCGUGUGUUGUUGUUUCUAUUAUCACCGCCGUAGAUCUGGAGAGAGAUUCUCGGCAGGACCGACUGAUUGUGUUCAUUAGAGCCUGUUUGACUGCCCAUGUUACUGCCGCAUCGCUCACACCUACACCACAAACAAAAGAUCACAUAUGUAGACAGGCAGAUGUUUUUUUUAAAGAUGUAGUGUGAUUAUUAGCCCACAUUGUUGGCUUUUCCACCUCAGAGGUGCAGUGUUUAAGACUCUGACUCUUUUUUUGUUCCACUUUGAGCUCUGAAGGCUCGCUUUAGGUCAUUUUCCCCUGAAAUAAUUCUUCCCAGCCAUUGUUUGCUCAGAGGCACGGUCACAAGUGCGCAAAUGAGCAACUUCACUUAGAGAUCAACUUUGGUGAUGUUUGAACUGCAAAGUCAAAGCCUCAACCAUUAGCA